AUGAACGUUCUCUACAAGAUGGCUGCUGGACAUGGGGGACUGUAUAACCAAGCUAACAUGGAUGGUACUCUUGAAAGGCUUUUUCUGCGGCCUAUUUGGGCUAGGGCUGAAGCUGGCUCUUUUAUUGUUGCUAUGUUAAAUCUGGUGCCGGUCAUCACCUUUAUCCUAGCGGUAAUUUUCAGGUUAGAGAAAUUGUCCCUACAAACUACUACCGGUAAAGUUAAAAUUAUUGGAAUAGUUAUAGGCAUAGGAGGAGCUAUGGUGUUCAACCUCUACAGAGGCAAAGAGAUCAACAUGUGGUCAACGCAUGUUGAUCUUCUCCAUACUCAUGGGGAGCCACACGCGGCAUCACACAAAAGUCCUCAAGGAAAAUCAGAUAAAGAAUUUCCCCUAUCCUUACUCAAGCACAGCUCUAACGUCCCUGAUGGCAUCAAUUCAAUCUGUAAUUUUUGCCUUCUGCGUGGAGAGGGACUGGAAGCAAUGGAAGUUGGACUUGCUCUGAUCCUAAUGACAUGGGGUGUAAAGAAGGAAGGGCAAUUCUUUGCUUCGGUUUUUCAGCCUGUGCUGCUUGUGAUGGUUGCACUUGCAGGCUCUUCCCUCCUUGAUGAGAAGUUACAUAUGGGAAGCAUACUAGGAGGGCUGCUUAUUGUGGUUGGACUAUACGCCAUAUUGUGGGCUAGUAGUAAGGAUAAAUCUAAUUCUCAACCCACAGCAGCGGAGGAGAUGUCAAUUCACUCAAGUAUUGCACAUGCCGAAAUAGACGACGGGGAUUCACCGUCAUUGUGA